ACUUUUUUUACAGAUGAAGAAGGCGGUCAGGAUGAAUCCUUAGAUUCAAAGACUUCUUUGCCAUCAGAAGAAACAGUAAAAGAUCAUGCCACAGCAGCCCGAGUUGUAGCUGGUCAGAUCUUCAUUGACUCAGAAGAACCAGAAUUAGAACCUCCUGCCAAAGAGAACAGCUUCAAGAGCCAGGAGGGAGAUGUUGAAAGUAUUAUAGAAGAAACCAGCUCCCUAGAAAUGCCAAAUCUAGAAAACAAGGACUUAGAAGAAAGUGAAGAAGUAUUGAAAUCAGUUUUGACCGCCAUUGAAGGUACAGCAGAUGGGGAACCCUGCCACUUUCCCUUCCUCUUCCUUGAGAAAGAAUAUGCUGAAUGUACAUCAGAUGGGAGGGAAGAUGGGAGGCUAUGGUGUGCCACAACCUAUGACUACAAAACAGAUGAAAAGUGGGGCUUUUGUGAAACUGAAGAACAAGCUCAUAAGAGACGACAGAUGCAGGAAGCGGAAGCUGUUUACCAGGCUGGGAUGAAAAUUCUCAAUGAAAGCAGUAAAAAGACCCAAAAGAAAGAGGCAUAUCGGUAUCUUCAAAAAGCAGCAGAUAUGAACCAUACCAAGGCCAUGGAAAAAGUGUCUUAUGCUUUUCUGUUUGGAGAUUACCUAAAGCAGGAUGUCCUUGCAGCAAAAGAACUAUUUGAGAAAUUAACUGAAGAGGGUUCUCCUAAGGGACAAACAGCUCUUGGCUUUCUCUAUGCCUCUGGACUUAGUGUCAACUCCAGUCAGGCAAAGGCUCUGGUUUAUUAUACUUUUGGAGCUCUUGGGGGUAAUCUCAUUGCUCACAUGAUUUUGGGUUACCGGUACUGGGCUGGGAUUGGAGUCCUUCAGAGCUGUGAAUCUGCACUCACUCACUAUCGUCUUGUGGCCAAUCAUGUUGCCAGUGAUAUCUCACUGACAGGAGGCACAGUAGUACAAAGAAUUCGUCUGCCUGAUGAAGUAGAGAAUCCAGGAAUGGCCAGUGGAAUGCUAGAAGAAGAUUUGAUUCAGUACUACCAGUUCCUAGCUGAAAAGGGUGAUGUACAAGCACAGGUUGGUCUGGGGCAGCUACAUUUGCAUGGAGGGAGAGGAGUAGAACAAAACCACCAGAGAGCUUUUGACUACUUCAAUUUAGCAGCCAAUGCUGGCAAUUCACAUGCCAUGGCCUUCUUGGGAAAGAUGUAUUCAGAAGGAAGUGAUAUUGUACCACAGAGUAAUGAGACAGCUCUACAUUACUUUAAGAAAGCUGCUGAUAUGGGCAACCCAGUUGGACAGAGUGGACUUGGAAUGGCUUACUUGUAUGGGAGAGGAGUUCCAGUGAAUUAUGAUCUGGCAUUGAAGUAUUUUCAAAAAGCUGCUGAACAAGGAUGGGUAGAUGGACAACUUCAGCUGGGCUCUAUGUAUUACAAUGGCAUUGGAGUCAAGAGAGAUUAUAAACAAGCCUUGAAAUAUUUCAAUUUAGCAUCUCAAGGAGGGCAUAUCUUGGCUUUUUAUAAUCUGGCCCAGAUGCAUGCCACUGGCACUGGAGUAAUGAGAUCAUGCCAUACUGCAGUAGAGUUGUUUAAAAAUGUGUGCGAAAGAGGCCGUUGGUCCGAGAGGCUCAUGUCUGCAUACAACAGUUAUAAAGAUGGUGACUCCAAUGCUGCUGUGGUCCAGUAUCUCCUGUUGGCAGAACAAGGCUAUGAAGUGGCCCAAAGCAAUGCAGCCUUCAUUCUGGAUCAGAAAGAAGCCAGCAUUGUAGGGGAGAAUGAAACCUAUCCCAGGGCUUUGUUGCAUUGGAACAGGGCAGCCUCCCAAGGCUACACUGUUGCUAGAAUUAAGCUUGGAGACUACCAUUUCUAUGGAUUUGGCACCGAUGUUGAUUAUGAGACAGCAUUCAUUCAUUAUCGGCUAGCAUCUGAGCAGCAGCACAGUGCACAGGCCAUGUUCAACCUUGGGUACAUGCAUGAAAAAGGACUUGGCAUUAAACAGGAUAUUCACCUUGCGAAGCGCUUUUAUGACAUGGCUGCUGAAGCAAGCCCAGAUGCCCAAGUCCCAGUGUUCCUGGCACUCUGCAAGCUUGCUGUUGUUUACUCUUUACAGUAUAUACGCGAUGCCAGUAUACGGGAAAUCUUCUCCUACUUUGAUAUGGACCAGCUUUUGGGACCAGAGUGGGACAUUUAUCUCAUCAUUAUCAUCGCAUUACUAUUGGGAACAGUCAUAGCUUACAGGCAGAGACAACACCAAGCAAUCCGGAGGCCUCCAGGGCCACGGCCAGCUCCCCCGCCUCAACAGGAGCCUCGACGAGAACAGCAGCCCCCUCAAUAACAGCUUCCCUGUGGAGCCUUGACCAUCGUCAACCAUGAAGGAGUGGGAUCUGUUUGUUGAGAACACUAGCAUCGUGAUUAGGACUUUGGAUCAGUGGCCACCUCCCAAGAGAGGCACAAAGAAGCAUUUAAUUCUUAAAGCUGCUUAGAAUCUGAUGCCUUUAUUUUCAGGGAUAAGUAACUCUUACCUACACUGAGUUGAAUGUUUUUGUGCCAUAUGGAAUAAUAACGUUCAUUGGCUUUCAUUUAGU